CAACUCCCACUGGGUGUGAAGCCGCUGGCAUAUAUACUGUACGCGGAUAAGAUGAAACUCUCCUCCUUCAGUACAGCAAAAGGUUAUCCAGUCUACGCUCGUCUAGCAAACUUACCGACUGCAAUUCGAAAUGGGUGCGGUGAAGGUGGCGGGUAUGUUGUUGGAUGGUUACCAAUAGUUAAGGACAAAAAAUUACACUCUGGAAAGCCCAGCUGGGUAGAUUUCAAAAAUACUGUCUGGCACAAGUCAUUUGCCAGGAUUAUCUCUUUGUUAGCCUUGAAAUCACAAACAGGGCAGUGGUUCGAAUGCCUAGAUGGUGUCAAGUGCUGGUUUUUUCUCUGUAUCCUCAUUCUAUCAGCUGAUUUUGAAGAACAAUCUGUCAUGUCACUUACUCAAGGGAUAAUGAGUCUUUGGCCAUGCCCCAUUUGUCUAGUCCCUCGAGAUGACCUGUGGGAUACUUCAAAAUCAUAUCGUCGGCGAACAUCGAAAGACUCGCAAGCAGUUAUAAAUGCUGCGCGUAUCAAGAUAUGA